AUGAAGACCUUCACUCUCACUCUCACCUCCACUUCGUACCUCUUCCUCGCCAUCGCGGCCACUGCACGCCUGGCCCAGGCCCAAUCCUACUGCGACGCCUCGGUCGGCUACGUGCUCCCGGACAGCACCUCUGACUCAGGCACCGACACGUCAGGGUACACGCCCGACAGCGGCGACUGCGACGCCGAAUGCCAACUGUAUUACUCGCAGCAGCAGACGCUCUACUCGGACUACUUCAACGACGCAGUCACGGCCGGGGGCAACUCGUUCCUCAGCGCCGCCGGCGGCAAACGCAAACGCGACCAUCUGCAACAUCAUACCCGUCGGGCGUCCAGUGGAGCCGCAGCAGCAGCAGCAGCAGGAUUGUCGCCACGCCAGAGUGGUGGCGAUGGUAGCGACGGUGGCGAUCUCUACUUGACCUGCACGGCGGCCGAAACCUGCUUCGUGUACGAGAACAUCCCGCUGUGCAUUGAUAUGGCGACGGGCGACUUCACCGACCCGACGGGCGGGUCUGGCAACGUCCUUACGGGGACUUAUAAUGCUGCCGUGGACACGGGGUCCAGUGGGACGACAGGGAGUGACGACGACGACACGGACUCUGAUUCUGGUUCUGGCUCUGGUUCUGAUUCCACCGACAUAACGUCGAGUGGCAGCAGCUCUAGUGCGUCGUCUAAUGGAGCGUCGUCGUCAACCCGUGCGGGAGGCAUCACUUUGGGUGCUGUUGUUUUCGCAGCUGUGUUUGCCUUGCUUGCGAAUUGA